GGAAUCCCUAAAAAUUGGAUUUGGUGGACGUUGAAAUUUUUUGGAACAAAAAUAAAAAUUCGAAUUUAUUUUUUCUAAAAGUUGAUGCAUUACAUUUGGAUUUUUUGAUUGUCCUUGAGUUUAGUGUCCAUACAUUUUACAUAGUCACAUACGCAUACCUAGUCCACAUAUGUGCAUAUGCAUGAAGUAUGUGGAGAUAUGCGAUAAAACCAUCGUUAUCUUCUACAGUUGGGUUGAUAUUAAAUAAUUUAUUUGCUGUCACUAAAAUUAAGACUUGUGUGAAACAUUUGCAACUACUUAAAUCACUAAAUAUACGCGUUAAGUUAGAUUCCAAAAUAAAUAAAUAUUGGUUCAACAUGUUGAACAAAUAUGUCCGAGUAUUGCCAAAGUUGGGUGAAUUUUCUCAGCUAUCCAAGUACACAGUAGGUGGUCAGAGACUUGUUAAAAGCAUCUCAACUUGUCCUGUCUUGCAAGAACGCUCCAAUUACUCACCGAGCUAUUAUUACAAGAUGAACUCGAAGCAUUUAUCCAAAGAUUCACUACAGCCCCCAACAACAGAAAAGAUUCGCAUCUACAGUAUGCGAUUUUGUCCUUUUGCUCAGAGAGCACUCCUUGUCUUGAUUGCAAAGGGAAUUCCGCAUGAUGUGGUAAACUGUAACUUGAAAGAGAAACCAACGUGGUUGAAGGAACUGAAUCCCUUGGAGAAAGUUCCAAUUGUGGAACUUCCGGGUGGCAAAGUAAUUUACGAAAGUUUGAUUGUCGCCGACUACUUUGAUGAAAUGUUUGAGGCUCGGCGACUGAGGGCAGUGGAUCAUGUCCAGAAAGCAAUUGAUAGAAUUUGGAUUGAUAGAUUUGGGAAGGCAAUAGCAAACUUUUACAAAGUUUUGUUUGCCAUUCCAAAAGAUGACCAAGAAACUAUUCAGAAAUAUUUACCACGAUUUGCAACCGGCUUGAAAGACUUGGACAAGGAAUUAAGCGAGCGAAAAACUAAAUUUUUUGGAGGUGAUGAUCUACCUGGAAUGUUAGAUUAUAUGAUUUGGCCAUGGAUAGAACGAUAUCCUGUUUUUAAAGCAGUCAUUCCUGCACAAUAUUCUGACGACGUACAAAAACUGACGAACGAUGUUUCCACUAUUAAUCGAUGGACGGCAGACAUGAUGCAAGAUUUUGCUGUAAAAGAAUUCAUUUUACCCAUUGAAGUGCACAAAGAAUUUAUUCAGAGUUUAUUGUCUGGAUCCCCAAAUUAUAAUAUUUUAGAUGCGAAAUUGUGAUUUGAAUACUGAUUAAACACUUUUAAAAUUUUGUAUGCUGAAA